AUGUUAAAAUCUAUUAUCUUAAUAUCCGCCAUAACGGUCUCAUUGUCUGCUGUUAUUCCCAAGGGUCUGCAGCCACAAAUAGUAGAUGGUCGUAUAGUGGGUGGUAUACCCACUACUAUCUCUGCUGUGCCCUGGCAAAUAUCUCUUCAGCGUAGUGGUUCUCAUUAUUGUGGUGGUGCUGUUCUCAAUCCCCAGAUAAUUCUUACAGCUGCCCACUGUUUGCGUUCUGCCUCGGUAAGCAACUUAAAAGUACGUGCUGGUUCUACCUAUAGGAAUAGUGGUGGUGUUUUAAUAACUGUUGCUGAUUUCCUAAUUCAUGAGGAUUAUAAUGGUGCAACUUUGAUUAAUGAUAUAGGUGUAGUCAAGUUAUCUUCUCCUUUAACCAUAUCGAGCACCAUUAAACCUAUUGCGUUGGCCACUCAAGCAGCUGUUGAUGGCGCUGCUGCAUCUGUUUCUGGUUGGGGUACUACUUAUUAUGGUUCUUCUUCACUACCCUAUGAAUUGAGAUCUGUUGAUGUGGAGAUUGUUAGCAGAUACACUUGUGCUUCGACUGCCUAUAAUUAUGGCUAUAUAGAUCAAAGCAUGAUUUGCGCCUAUACUGUUGGUAAGGAUUCUUGUCAGGGUGAUUCUGGUGGUCCAUUGGUAUCGGAUGGUGUUUUGGUUGGUGUUGUUUCUUGGGGCAAUGGUUGUGCUUUUACUGGUUAUCCUGGAGUGUAUGCUGAUGUUUUUCAACUGAGUUCAUGGGUGAAUAAUACCGCAGCGACUAUUUGAACAAAUUUUGUUAAAUAAACUUGAAAUCUGAAAAGAAGAAAGUUGUUUGGUGUUUGAUUUUGAAUAGUUUUAGGAAAUAUCUGAAAUAAUGAAAUAUUAAGAAUGGAUCAAAACAGUAUUAAAUACUGCCAAAGGUGGCAUUUCAUAUAUUUAUUAAUAGAUCUCUAAUUAACGACUAUUGUAUCUCAAUGAAAAGUUUACAUUUCAGACUGUCCAUGAAGUGCAGUUUUAAGUUAGUUUUAAGACAGUGUAAUAACAGUUUAGUAUUUAACCCCUCUUUUGCAAAUGAAAAUUAUAUAGACCCAAUAUUAAUAAGUUCUUAAACUACUA